AUGUUUGAAAAAAUCUGGAUCUGCCCCUAUCGUUCGCCAAUCACGAAAGACAAUGAUAAGAUCCAGCGAUGGGAAGGUCAAGAUAUAAUAAACUCAAGCCGCAUCGACAAGUUGUACCUCGAAAACGCUCUUGCGUGCAUUGCCGCCACGACGACUGGUGUGCGAAUGAAUGCGUACAAGCGAGUCUUUACAGAACUCAGAUCGCCUAUAGAAGUCGUUCAUGAGAAACAUGAAAACAGGACCAUUCAACAGAUACGAACGGCCUAUGAGCGCGAAGGAUGUCCCACUCCUUGGGACAUCGCCGUAGACGACGCGUUUGAUUCGCGAGGCCAUAGUGCCGAACUUUGCAAGGUUCUCGCCGUCGACCUUAGGACCAAGCUCUGUAUCCAUACAGAAGUCGUGAGCCGCAGGGAGGCAGGUAAGCUGGGAAAACAUCAACCACCUCAAACUGAGAGAGAGUUCGUUUCAAGGAAUGUCAGUGGAGCCAUGGAGGAGGGCUUUCGCAGGUUGCUGCGGUGGUUGAGAUCGAGGGAUAUCCCUGUUGGCUCGAUUUCAACCGACCGCAGCGCCAUGUACGGGAAAGAGAUCGAAUUGUACAACGCGGAGUCCCGCCAAAACAUCGAAUGGCAUCUGGACCCAUGGCACAUGGCCAGAUAUGUCCACAAAAAUCUUCAGACGGUAUCUAAAAAAUGCUUCGAUGAACCAGGAAGAAAUUUGCAUUAA